CACUGCUUUGUGCCUGAGUCUCUCCUCCUCCCCCCCAUCUCAGGUCUGAGCACUAGAAGCAUGGGCAGCCCCAGCCCCCCCAGCACCCCUUUCUGCCUGCACUACUUCGACAUGCUCUACUCGGAGGACGUCGCGUGGGCUGCCAAAGGGAUGGGGGAGACCUCCCAGAGCGGCGUCCAGGGGGGGCGAGGGGAGGUGAAGAAGGAGCCGGAGCAAUGCCCCAUCAUCGACAGCCAAGGUUUGGGUCUGGGGGGCGAUGGGGAGCUGCAGGGGGGGCUGCCCUUGGAGGAGCACUCGCUGGAGCAGAUGCAGAGCAUGGUGGUGGGCGAAGUGCUGAAGGACAUCGAGACGGCGUGCAAGCUGCUCAACAUUGCUGCAGACCCCGCAGACUGGAGCCCUGGAAACGUGCAGAAGUGGAUCUUAUGGACGGAGCAUCAGUACCGACUGCCACAGCUCGGGAAGUCCUUCCAGGAGCUGUCAGGGAAGGAGCUGUGUGCCAUGUCGGAGGAGCAGUUCUGCCAACGCUCGCCCGUCUGCGGCGAUGUCCUCCAUGCACACCUCGACAUCUGGAAGUCGGCUGCGUGGAUGAAGGAAAAAGCUGCCCCGGGGGAUGUGAGAUACUGCGGGGGUGACAGCGGAUGGGCGGACAGCGAGGUGGACUCAUCCUGCGCCGGGCAGCCCAUCCACCUCUGGCAGUUCCUGAAGGAGCUGCUGCUGAAACCCCACAAUUACGGACGCUUCAUCCGUUGGCUCAACAAGGAGAAAGGGAUCUUCAAGAUCGAGGACUCGGCGCAGGUGGCCCGUCUGUGGGGCAUCCGGAAGAACCGCCCAGCCAUGAACUACGACAAACUGAGCCGCUCCAUCCGGCAGUACUACAAAAAGGGCAUCAUCCGCAAACCCGACAUCUCGCAGCGCCUCGUCUACCAGUUUGUGCACCCGCUCUGAGGGACUGAGCCUCGGGGGCGGGGGGGACUCUCACUGCCCUCCCCGACCUCAUCAUCGUCUUCCAGCGCUUUAGGACCGUGGUUGGGGUCAUCCCUGUGGACCAUAAGGACCCUUCUGUCCCCAGAGCCCGUACUUGGAGUGGGGAUGAGCCCAGAGAGCAUUGCUUUGUGCCCAGCUCCAGGGCCAGGACAAUGCAUGGAGUGGA